CUUAAAAAUCAGCUGCAAGACUUCUCUGGUCGCAACUAGUCUCCCUUCUCUUGUCCCAAUCCGAUUCCAACCUCUCACAAAGUCGUAGAGAAAGUUCAUAUCUCUGAAAGAAACUCCUCCUCGGUCUUCCUGCCCCGACGUAAAAUCUGCACGUACACCCCCUAAAAAAAAAAAAAGAAGGGAAAGUGCCCAAAACCCUGCCAAUGUCACACAAAGCCCUAGAUUCGCGGCCCUCCAUAGACUCGUGUACAUUUCAGCUCCAUGCUUGGAGACCUUUCAAGUUCCAACCCAAAGCCCUUGACUACUCCGACUCCCACCUCGCCACCACCACCACCACAAACCCAUCUUACUCAAAGCCCUACCACCACUACUCCGCUAAUGGGGUCCACACCAAGCGCCCCUGCCUCUCCGACCGCGCGACGUCCUUUUCCGUUGUCGACGCCGCCGCAAUCGACAUGUCCAAGCUCACCCUGAUCGAAGACGACAGGCCGAUCUCCACCGGCCAACACAAUCGCGUGAGCUUUGGAUUGUUCGCCAGGAAACGACGUCGCCGAGGGUCGAGAUCGGUUUCGGGUCGGAGCAGCGACAGGAGCAUCACCCGCCGGUGCUGCUCGGUGGGUGCAUCUGCAGCGUAUGGGACGUGCUCGGAUCUUCCGGUGACGGACUCGAGUGGAGAGCUGUUUGGGAAUGGGGAUGCGAAUUGGGCGUCCGAUGUGAGCGAAGCGAGGAAUUCGAGGAGGGAUAAGGAUGGAGGAGGGAGUGGGGAAAAGGAGACUGCGGGUCAUGGGUUUGGGCCCGUUGGUGGUUUUGAUGCUCAGGGAAACGAGUCUGGGUAUGGUAGCGAACCCGGAUAUCGCGGGGACGCGGAAUUUGGGUAUGGGGACGAGCUCGAUGAGGAGGAGGAUGAUGCAAAAUUGUUAUUCUGGGGUGAGCGAUUUGGAGAUGACUUUUUUGGAGACUUAACGGAAGGGCAUGUGGUGAGAAAUAAGAGCAUUAGAUCACUUCAAGGCAAGUAAGUUUUAAACGGAGAAAAGAGGGCAUAUGUGGAGCUUCUAGACUCGCAGAGGCACAUUCUAGAAUGGAGAUGGUUGGCGAGAAUACAUUCUCGGAUCAAAAAACCCAUUACAGAUGCCGGCGGAAGAAACAUGAUUGCAGAAUGGUGGAUUCACCGCGGUAACGGCGGAACUCCUUUGUGUAGAGCCAAUUUGCUUCCCAUCAGCAGGGUUUGUUGGCUCCUAGAUUGGAGCCAGUGCUGCACAAAUUAGCAAGUGAUUAAUAACUUCUUCAUGGCGCUGUUGGAUACAGCUUUACCCAUAUGUUCAUAUCAUCCGAACUCUGUCAGCAUAUAUCAGCAAUUGUAUCAUGCUCAAGCCUUUUAUGGAUGUGGAUUGUUAAAAUACGAGCAAAAACCGGAAAAACCAUGGCUUUAUUUGUUGUAUAGUUUGUUUUGUGAUUGAGCCACACCCGUUUGAAGCUGGUUAAUACCA